AUGGAAGCCAAAGGUUUUUACCACGAACGCUCUUCCAGAGUCGCCAAGACUCUCUUCCCACGGAACGAAAACUCACCUCAAGCCGAGGUGAAACAACGGGCAGCGGUUUCCAUGUCGCUGGUGCGUGACAAUAAGGACCGCUGGAUGGCAGACAUUGAACAGCGUCUAGCCGUGAGGACAGCGUGGCUUACUGCAGAACGAGCUCGAGUAGGUCAGCUGCUUGCUGAGAAUGAAAAAUUGCACGCUGACCUGUCAGCCAGCAGAGCGGAGACAGCAGCCAGCAGAGCGGAGACCGACAACCUCCAACAAGAGUUGCAGGGGCUGAGAGAGACCACUCAGAGCGGACUCCUCGUUCAAGAUUUGAGAGCUGGCUUAGGGCAGCUGCAAUCGGCGCUACUUUUGGCUCAUUCGACACCACUCACUCUACACCAGUCAGACCAAUCCCCAGAAGCGCCUCAACACCAGCACCAGAACCAGAUAUAG